AUUCCUCUGACAAAUCAUUGGCAGUCAGUCAAAAUCAAAUCAAAUUCCUCGGACAAAAGAGAUUUUUUGUUUUUUUACCCCAUUUUCUUACGUCCUUAUCAUAAUCAGAAAUUUCUAGGAGAUGUUCCUGAGGUUUCUGUUUCUGGGUCUGUACGUUUCAAAUUCUUCAUGAUUCAAUUGGUUCUCAGAGCUGUAUCCUUUCUCGGGACCAUUGAAAAUCGAAGCACUUGUAGAUCAUUCUUUCUAGCUUGCAGAGCACUCAGGGUUGCGUAUUUUUAUCUCGGAGAGAGAAGAUGAGGGGAGCGGUUCUCGUUGCCAUUGCUGCAACAAUGGGGAAUUUGUUGGCGGGAUGGGACAAUUCAACAAUCGCAGGGGCGGUUCUUUACAUCAAGAACGAAUUCAAUCUCGAGACUCAGCCAACGAUCGAGGGGCUGAUCUUGGCUAUGUCCCUCAUUGGAGGCACUGCUGUCACGACCUUUUCAGGGCCCGUCUCAGACUCCAUCGGUCGCCGCCCGAUGCUGAUAAUUUCUUCACUUCUGUACUUCAUUAGCGGUCUCAUCAUGACGUGGGCCCCCAAUGUUUAUGUCCUGAUUUUGGCGAGGCUCCUCGAUGGGAUUGGAAUCGGUCUCGCUGUGACCCUGAACCCUCUCUAUAUUUCUGAGAUAGCCCCUUCAGAGAUCCGGGGACUUCUGAAUACAGUCCCGCAGUUUUCUUGCUCAGCUGGGAUGUUUCUGGCAUACUGCUUGGUCUUUGCAAUGUCAUUGAAGGAGUCCCCAAGCUGGAGAUCGAUGCUAGGAGUUGUUUGCGGACCGUCAUCUGUAUAUCUCUUACUGGCUGUGUUUUAUAUGCCCGAGUCUCCUCGGUGGCUUGUGAGCAAAGGCCGGACACUCGAGGCCAAGAAGGUACUCCAGAGACUUCUUGGGAGAGAGGAUGUCUCAGGAGAAUUGGCAUUGCUGGUGGAAGGUCUAAAUGUCCAAUCCGAAGUAUUGGUGGAAGAGUACGUUGUUUUCCCGGUAGAUCGAAGACAAACCGCCUCGCAGAAAGAUAAGAUUGUAUUGGACGAGUCGUCCCAUUCGUUGAUGAUUGCAAAACCUUUGGCUGGACAGAGCGUCCAGAACAUCACCCGGAGAGGGACGAGAAGCCUAUCUGGGAGCAUCAAGGACCCGAUUGUCUCAAUUUUCAGCAGUGUUCAUGAGCCGUCCACCUCACAGAACUGGAGCACACUCGACUUGGUAAUACCAAACAGGGGGAGCAUCCCCAGCAACAGGCACUCCCAGUUGGAUUUGGAGAGCCAAAACGGGGUGGAGGACUCUGAUUCUCAAUACGAUGAUGGGGGUGCCGCUGACGAGGAUAAUUUGCAGACGCCGCUGCUCUCUCGAGAGGCGACUGGCUUCGAGAAGGAGCAAACUCCUGGUUUGCAAAGAAGCAACCUGAGCAUGAGAAUGAGGAGCAGGCUUGCUCUCGAAGAGGGAGGUGAGCAAGUCAGCUUCACCGAUAUCGGGAGCGGUUGGCAGAUGGCUUGGAAGUUGACAGAGAAGGAAGGGGAGCAAGGGAAGAAGGAGGAACAGGUGAAGCGGAUAUAUUUGCACCAGGACACUCCCAGGCCAGGCACUGAGUCCCAUGUCUUGAUCUCAGGCACCCAGGAGAGCGACUUAGGCCGUCAUGCUUCUGCCCUGGUGAGCCGAUCAAUUCUUUCUCCAGAGGAACUAAGCGGAUCCCAUCUCGUCGAACCGGUUCUGCUUCACACCCCGAAAAUCACUCAGAAGGGUCCAAGCUGGCGUGAUCUCUGUGAACCGGGAGUUAAGCGCGCGUUGUUUGUUGGAGUUGGACUGCAACUCCUUCAGCAGGUUGGUGGCAUUAACGGGGUUCUCUACUACGCGCCUCAGAUCCUAAAACAAGCAGGAGUGGCAGUCCUUCUAACAGGUUUAGGCAUCGGGACCGAUUCCGCGUCUUUCCUCAUAAGUUGCUUCAUGACGUUCACGAUGCUUCCUUGUGUGGCCCUCUCGAUGUGGCUGAUGGAUAUUUCCGGGAGGAGGUUGCUUUUACUAACAACGAUCCCGAUCCUGGUUGUGUCCCUCCUGAUCCUAGUCCUAGGCAGCAUCCUCAAUGUAAGUCCCAUCUUAUAUGCCGUACUCUCCUCAUCCAGCGUCUUGGUCUACGAGUGCUGCUUCGUGAUGGCCUUUGGCAUAAUUCCAAACAUCAUCUGCUCCGAGAUCUUCCCAACACGGGUCCGUGGGAUUUGCAUAACUCUUUGUGCUCUCACAUACUGGAUUGGAAACAUGACCGUAACCUACAGCCUCCCUGUCCUGCUCUCUGCCAUCGGCGUCUCGGGCGUCUUCUCGAUCUUUGCUAUGGGAUGCAUCAUCUCUUGGGUGUUUGUUUAUUUGAAGGUCCCCGAGACGAAGGGCAUGCCCUUAGAGGUCAUCUCGGAGUUCUUCGCAGCAGGCGCAAGGCAGGCCAGUUCUGGUGCAGAGAACAACUAAUAUAUACAGUAAUUGCAUCCAUUCAUAACGACUGAUCAUCCUUUGCAGCCUCGCAAAGUCAACAAACAUUUUUUGUGAGCCACAGACGGUCAUGUAAUCUUCUAGGAUAAAUAGGUGAAUUUAAAUUGAAUGUUUUUUUCCCUUGCGCCCAAGAACAAAUACUGUGUGCAAGCCAUUCGGUUUCUCUUCUCUCGUACAAUAUACAUCAAUAUUUAUGUUUGUCUAAUAUUUAG